AAUUAAAAUUAAUUAAUUUAAAAAAAAGAAUGGUGUGCCAUUAAAAGAAUAUUCAGAGAACAGGAAAGAGCGCCUGAAAGUUGACUCUUAAAAAAAUAGAAAAAGUCUUCUCAAAAGUAACACAGGAAAGACAGAGUUGGAAGAUAAUGUAGAAAAUAUUGAAAAAUUAGAGGAUUACUCUAUGAUCUGACUAAUAAGAUUUGUGUAAGUAUUAAAAGCUAAUGGCCAAUGACAAGGCCCUGGCCUGUCAGCUUUGUAGAAGGUGAAUUUCCAUGAAGAAAUUUCCACAGAAAGUAUCGAAACAAGUAAAAUGUUUAUUAGAAGGAAAAAGUACAAAUGAAUUGAAUCACACAGGCGGGCUCAGAAAGAGUCCUAUCCUCAUGGUAGUUUGAAUCACUUAUAUGGGGCAUGUCUUACAGGUUUCUUCUAGCCAGUCAUCUUGCCCUUGCCUGGCUCUGAGUCUGUAUUUGGUUUAACUCAGGGUCCUCCCAUGUAUGUGCGUGCAUCUCUUAGCCAAGAUGGAUUCUAGUGAAGAGGCCAAGGAUAGGUUUACAUCAUCUACUAUGGGGUGGUGCCUCCUCCCUUUCUGGCCCCCAAGAAGCCUUUCUGCUCAUGUGUAGUCAGAAAGAUCUCUUUGAGCUCGAGAAUGAGAAAUAUGUGGUCUCUCUAUCUUUUGUCUAGGCAGGGCUCAGCUCCUCUCUUGCUCCUGCUAUUAUCUUCAUCUUGGGAGUAUCUGUCCACAGGGGACAAACUUCAGCUGCUCAGCCUGGAGCCCACCUAUCUCCUGCCCCAAGUUCACACAGCCAGAAAGAAUCUGUAUCAAGUCUGGAACCCAGAUGCUUACCCUUGAGUCACACUGUGUCUCACAGACUGUCUCACACAAGUCUCUAGCCAGAGAAAUGCAAAGUCAAACGGCUAGGCAACACCACUUUGCAUCUUUCAGUUUAAGAAAAAUUAGUGAUUGACAGAAGUUAGAUCAGAUCUGCCACAGUGGAGAGCAGUUUGUCAGGAUUUUGUGGUGUGGAGGAGCCACCUGUUCUAUGACUCAGCAAGCCACCCUGUGUGUAACCCUGGAGAAUGCCUCCCACAGCUGCCGAGCGAUAGGAAGAUGCUCCUUGCAGCAUUGUCUGUUGUAGAGAAUCCUUGGAGGUCACUUAGAAAUUAAUUCAGAGGAUAAAAACAGAUUAUUCUGGGUCAUGAGUACAUAUAGAGUCACUGUUAUCAAAUUAUAUAUAUAUAUAAACAUUUUCAUAAUAGAGUUUCUAUGAAGCUGUGUGGGAAGAGAAAGGGAAUCAAGAGUGUACUUCAUGGUAUGGCUGUCAGUAGCACUCUCUUGUCAUGAUAAUGUAAACGCUAAGUCAUGAUCAGACCUAAGUUGCAAAUAACCUCAUACGGAAAAUGAGGGGAGGAAAAUGUGGAGUUGUUUGGAAUGGGGCAGAAAAACUAAAUUAUCUUCAUUGGUGGAAAGUUGAUAGAUAAUGCUUUGAAAUGAAGAGGGCAUGUCAGCCUGUUAAUUGAGAUCUGGAGAGAGAGAGUGUGAACAUGGCUGGGAAGUGACUGUGGAGACAGUUGGAAGACUGAUGGCUUUUGAAGCAAGCCUGAAUACCUAAUUAACCUUAAAUGACCACUGCCACUACAGGAGGAGUCUGAGAUAUUACGUGUCUCCUAGGUAAUGAUCAUUUGGGAAAUUCCUCCUGCCCACUAUAUUUCAGACAGGAUGAAAGGGCUUCUUUUGUUAUAAGGAAUGUAACAUUGGCCUGCUAAGUGUAGCUCAACAGCUAUAGAAGGACAGCAGCUGGAGAGAGGGAGCAGAAAUUGACUGAGGUGCAUCCAUCCCAAACCUUCCUUGGCCCCUUCUGCUCACCAUCCAUAUCCACACUCUUCCCCAUUAGAGGAGGGACUUUCUCACCUGCUGAAGAAGGGCACCAUUGCAGAGAAAAUGGGAGGGUGUGGAGAGCAGCCUGAGCCUAUGCACCUUCCUCUGCAUUAUGGGAGCUGCUCUGCUCAGUAGCUGAGGACAGGAUGAUCUUGUGGGUGGACCAAACCAGAGAUCAUUCUUGGGACAAGACACACUCUCAGGGGAUGUGGUUCUACCAAAGACCCUGGUGCAUCCCUAGUAGGAGGGAAAUGCAGGUGUUUCCACUUUAUCCAACAAGUUUGAGCCUGGAGAAGGCAACAUGGUCCUUGGGUCAUAGUUGCCCUUGUGACAUCAUGGCUGUCUCCUCAUCUACCAUCCUUUCUGCCUCUGCCAAGACCAAUGGAGCAGUGACCAGAGAGGGAUAUGAACACCUGAACCACUGCCCCAAAACCAUGGGCAGUAAAUGCUCUAAGCCUGAAACAGAACCAGAACCAGAUAAUGACGAUCUAGAGAAAGAGAGGAAAAGGAAGGUCCUCCCUAAAAAGGAAGGUGAAGAACAGAAAACUAUAAAGAUUCAGGCCUGGUGGCAGGGCACCCUGGUGCACAGGACACUACUGCAUGCAGCACUCAGAGCAUGUAUCAUUCAGUACUGAUGGAGACAGAGGCUGGAAGGGCUAUUGGAGAAGAAGCAAUCGUCUGUGCUGCAGAAUUAUACUCGAAAGAUGGCCAUGUAAUUCAAAUUAUCAUUGAGGACAAAGAAGAAAUAACUAUGAAGAAGAUGAAAGAGCAGCAGAAGAAAAGAGAGAAAACUAAAAACGGAAGAAGAGUAAUAGCAGCCAAGAAGAUCCAGGCCUGGUGGCGUGGCACCCUGGUGCGCCGUACAUUGUUGCAUGCAGCCCUGAGCACUUGGAUCAUUCAGAGCUGGUGGAGACUGACGAAGGACAGGCUGCUGCAGAAGAAGCGGAGGGCAGCCCUGAGUGAUUAUGCACUCAGAGAGAGGGCAGUGGUCAAGCUCCAGUCUUUGGUCCGUAUGUGGCGCAUCCACUGGCGAUACUGCCAAGUACUCAAUGCCAUCUAUGUCAUCCAGUGCCACUGGCAAUGCCACAACUGCCAGACCUGUGCCCUCCUCCGGGGCCACUGUGUAGUCACAGCCACUCACCUACAGUUUCACAUUGAGAUCAUUAACCCCUAAGGGAUGGCAAGAAGGGGCACUGUGUCUCCUGUCCCAUAGUAAAGGUCUAACCUGACAUAAAGUAUGUCUCAUGGUUUCCCCUGUGCUAAUGGAAAUUUUAGAACUUAAGCCAUGCUGCCUCCUCUUCUCCCUGGGAAAGAACUUCAGUGAGGUUCUCCCUUUGUGCCCACGAACCCUGUUCUGGACUGACAGUUCCGUAUGCCACGUACUUAGUUGUCAAAACAGAAACUGAGGUCCUAGUCUACCUAUAUGUAUAACAGAGUCAGAAGUCCCAGCUCCCAUUCCCAACCCCAUCCCUUUCUUCUCCACUGGGAAUCUGAGAGUCAGGUAAGCUGCAUCUUCCUGAAGACUCUGGGUACCUUUGCACAUGAGAAUGGACACUGAGGCUUUUCUCUGUCCUCCUGGGGUUGGGGGGUGGUCUCAGAUGCCUUAGACAAGGUGUCUU